ACUCAGUGACCGUGGCGUUCCUAAUCAGAUUCACCAGUACCACUAUCCUCCCCAGGAUCAACUCCUACGUGAGACCUAUUACAACUAUGGUUUCGUCACUACCAUCUUUACCUUCUGUUCUAGGCACGGUCCCAUCCUCCUGCAUUCUAGAUGCGUUCCGUACUGCUAUUGCAAAACGUGUAUCGGAUGCGCUGCCGCCGCUUACCCUCGAGCAGGCUUAUACCGGUGUUGAUUAUGGAAAGAAGGGGGUUGAUUUUACGGUUGCUCUUCCCCGGUUCAGGCUACCGGGCAAGCCUGACGACCUAGCACGAAAAGUUACAACUGAUUUCCAACCUGAUGACUUCGUCUCAUCAAUUACCCAUGACAAGCAAUUCCUACACUUCCAACUCAACACCGCUUCCCUCAUCCGCGAGGUCCUUAACCAAAUACACACCCUCACAUACGACAGCCCCACAGGUAAGCCGUCAUACGGUACAAACACCUCUGGCGCCGGCAAGAAACUCGUCAUCGAGUACUCGUCCCCUAAUAUUGCCAAAUCAUUUCACGUCGGACAUCUUCGAAGCACGAUCAUAGGCGCAUUUUUAGAUAACCUGUAUAAAGCAUGCGGAUGGGAAGUUGUCUCUCUUAAUUACCUGGGCGACUGGGGCACUCAAUUCGGCAUGAUCACCACCGGAUUCGAAAAAUACGGUUCGCAAGAGGAGCUCGAGAAAGACGCGAUCAAGCACCUCUACGACGUCUACGUUAAAGUCUCCAAAGACGCCGAUUCAGAUCCCAACGUUAAAGUCGAAGCCGCCCAAUGGUUCAAGCGGAUGGAGGAUGGCGAUGAGUCGGCACUUGCGAACUGGCGAGUGUGGCGGGAGAUGAGCGUCAAAAAGUAUACCGAGGAAUACGAGCGAUUAAACGUCUCGUUCAAAGUCUACACGGGAGAGAGCGAGGUUGGUAAGGAAUGGCAGGAUCGGGCUCUCGAACGCCUCGAAGAGAUGGGUCUCAUCAGUGAUGUCGACGGCGCCAAACUUGUCGACCUCGAAAAAUGGAAACUCGGAAAGGCCGUGCUCCGCAAAGCUAACGGCACUUCCAUAUAUCUCACCCGUGACCUUGGCGGUGCGAUAGAGCGAUGGGAGAAAUACCACUUCGACAAGAUGAUUUAUGUCGUCGCAUCGCAGCAGGACUUGCACCUGUCGCAGUUUUUCAAGAUGCUAUCAUUGAUGGAGUUCCCAUGGGCAGACCGCCUUGAACACGUUAACUACGGCUUGGUGCUCGGCAUGAGCACUCGGAAGGGAACCGCAGUCUUCUUGGACCAGAUCAUCCGCGAAGCCUCGUCAGUCAUGCACGAGCAGAUGAAGCGAAACGAGGUGAAGUACAACAACAUCGAAGACCCUGAGAUGGUCGCUCGAGAAGUGGGCAUCACGGGAAUCAAGAUCCAGGAUAUGGCUGCCAAGCGGAUCAAUAACUACACUUUUAACUGGGACCGCAUGCUUUCCUUCGAGGGCGAUACCGGACCAUACUUGCAAUAUGCACAUGUCCGGCUCACCUCCAUGGAGCGGAAAAAUCCUGAGCUCAUCCCACUGCCGCCUCCAUCCCAGAUCGACACUUCCUCUCUCGCUUCCUCCCAACAUGCACGCGACAUCGCUAUCCUCCUAGGGUCCUACCCCGACGUCGUGAAGACUGCAUUGAAGACGCACGAGCCCAGUGGUGUAGUGACUUUCGCUUUCCGCCUUGCUCACGCGAUUUCAAGCGCCUGGGAGACGCUCAUCGUCAAGGGGGAAGAAGAUACUGAGAAAGCUCGCGCGAGGCUAUGGCUCUACCUUUGCGCGAGGGAUGUGUUAGGUGCUGCGAUGCGACUUCUGAGCAUUAGGCCUUUGGAGAGGAUGUAGCGGGUGUUUCUUUGUGUCCGCAUUUAAAUUGAUUGAUAUAGAAUACUUGAUUGUGAUUAUACAUAAAGGUUGGGCACACUCACUUCGACCGAAAUUCUUGUUUGCACUUAUGUAGCGCCCGAUGCAAGGCUGACGCUCAAGGUGAAGUAGUCCAUUAAUGAUCGAAGGCGACAGUCGUGUCUACAGUUGAUGUGGUCUAUCUAGUGAUC